AUGGAACAAUCCUUGGCUGCUCAGCCUAAGUCCGAAAGCGGCCGGCGCGAGAGCUUUGGAUCCCACAACUCUCAGACAGCCCGAGAAUUCAUCGACGAUCAGAUCCGACUUGAAGCCGAUGCGCGCGAGAUUCUUCCUUACUCCUUUGACUCUUGCACUUAUGCUCUGGGUCCAUUAAGACAGAGUCUCUUCGCCUGCUUGACCUGUAAUCCUGUUUCCGACAAAACCGACGAUGCUUCCACCUCUGCAGCAGUCUGUUACUCCUGCUCCAUCGCAUGCCACGGCGAACAUACUCUAGUGGAGCUUUUUAACAAGCGCAACUUUGUCUGUGACUGUGGAACCACUCGCAUGCCCACCACAGCACCUUGUACAUUGCGCGAAGACCCCAAGACAGGCCGCAAAGGUGUGCACUCUCAGGAGGCGGCCAAGGACAACAAGUACAACCACAACUUUCGCAAUCGGUUCUGCGGCUGUGCGGAAAAAUACGAUCCCCACCAGGAGAAAGGUACAAUGUUCCAAUGCCUGGGUCUUGGAUCCAUCGAAACUGGUGGCUGUGGUGAGGACUGGUGGCACCCAGAGUGCCUCAUCGGCCUGCCACGAGACUGGUACAAAGUCAAAAAACAGGAGAGUUUUGGCAGUGACGCCGCUGACAAUGAGGACGAAACCCCUCUGCCUCCAGGAUUCCCUGCUGAAGAUGAUUUUGACCAGUUCAUUUGCUACAAAUGUAUCGAUUCAAACCCUUGGCUCAAGCGCUAUGCCGGAUCGAAGGGCUUCCUACCACCCGUUUAUCAAGAUGGCGGCUUGAAGACCUCGGCACCGAAUGAAUCGGAACAACAAUCGGAGAACCCCAAGAAGCGCAAAGCAGAAGAUGGUGAACCGUUCACAGAAGAGCCGACAUCCAAGCGAACCAAAGAAGAAUCUCUAAAACAAGAGCCCACUGAAACCUCUACCCUCGCUACCAUCACUGAAGAGCAAAGAGCCCCCAAAGAAGAGCCCAAGCCAGAACCCGAAACUCAUGAUGAACCCAAAGCGCAACUUGAAACAACAUCUAACCCACCAAACCCAAAACACACCCUCCUCCCAGAUUCAACACCAACAGAACGCUUCUCCCUCUUCCUCCAAGAAGACUUCCACUCAAACCUCUGCCGCUGCGCAGAAUGCUACCCAUAUCUAGCACCUUACCCCCAACUCCGCGAAGAAGAAGAAACCUACGAACCACCCCUCUCAGAAGACGGUGAUGAAGCCAACGGCGCCGCAAGCACAGGUACAGGUAGUAUUCUUGAACGCGGCGAAGCAGCACUGAGCACCGUGGACCGCGUACGCGCUAUCGAGGGCGCGAUGGUUUACAACCAUCUCCGUGAUAAGGUUAAGGCAUUUUUGCGACCUUUUGCGGAGAGUGGGACAGCUGUUAGUGCUGAGGAUGUUAAAGGGUACUUUGAACGGUUGCGGGGUGAUGAGGAUGGGAUUAGGGAUGCGGCUAGUCGGGCUGAGACUGGUGGUCAGGAUGAGGACGAUAGUCGGCGUGAGCAAAAUGGUUAUUGA